AUGGCAUCAAAAUAUUGGGAGCAGGAACCGGAGGCGGUUAAAAUAGAGUAUAGGAGAAUUGCUAAAGAAGCAUUCGAUUAUCAUAAUGAGAUCUAUCCUAAAAAGCGAUACCAAGGGAAAAGGGAAAAGUGGAAUAUCGUUUCUUUCAAUAAGCUUCCAAAAAAGCCCUCCCGGAAAGAUCGUUCAAUUGAGAAGAGUUAG